AUGCAUAUCUCGUCGUGCUUGGCACCCCCUGCGUUCGCUAUGCACAUACGAUUCGCCCUGACUCUCGCGAUGAUACCAAUUCUGUCGGCGAUGCCUUCAAGGCACCCGUUUCUCGACACGACACCUACACCGACUGUUCCAAAAUUCUCCACGGUUCAUCCAGACAAUAACUAUUCAAAAUGUCUCGACGUGCGCGGAGGUGUGCAAGAGAACGGCACGCUUGUUCAGUUACACGAUUGCAACGGUAGCAAGGCGCAGAAAUGGGUGGUCAGCCCGGGCGGCACGAUGAUACGAUUGCGCGACACCGAUUUUUGCUUGGACGUAGGAGACGAGCUCUUUGAUGCUGAUGUACGCCUCCGGAUGUGUUCGGAAGGUCAAAUUAGUCAAGCUUGGUACUACAGCCCCAGCGAACAGCUCGUCAGCCUCAGUAAAGGUCGCUGUGUCGAGUAUUCAAACAGCUAUACCAGUGGCAGUCCAGUCCGAUUAAUGGACUGCUUAGAUGAUUACCUGUACCAAGUUUGGGUCGCAGCCUGA